AUGGAUCUGUCGCGUGCACCAAACGAAAGAAAACUGUAUCUGUGCAAGUGGUACUUUAAAGCCGGAUUUGCGCUACUUCCCUUUCUGUGGUCCAUAAACACGAUCUGGUUCUUCAAUGAAGCGUUUCGCAAACCAGCUUACGAUGAGCAGAAGGAGAUUAAGAAAUAUGUGAUAUUCUCGCUCGUAGGAUCGUUAGUGUGGAUUGUUGCCAUCAUUUCGUGGGUUGUCACAUUCCAGCUAAAGCGAACCGAAUGGGGAGAGUUUGCCGACAACAUCAGCUUUAUCAUACCGCUAGGGCAAGCGUGA